ACAUCUGUUUCGAAAAAUAACGGCUGGCGGACUAUUUGUUUUGAAAAAGUGUUUUUGUGUUAAAAUAAAAUAAAUUAAAGCCCAGACUUUGGAUAAUACACAAGGGAUUCAUCUGCAUUAUUUAAAAUGCAGGCAGCAACUAAAGAAAGACUCCAAGAGCUUCAAGUCAUCAUCAGUAAGAUGCCUCUAGAAGUGUGUUGCGUGGCGGUCCUCCCAGAGUUCGGAGUGCGAUGGCGGGAGGUGUCUCGAGCGGUUCGUAACUGUCGCCUGCCGAUGGUGCCGGCCAGUGUGGCGCGGGUACUAUGCAGACACGUCGCAAAGUCUCUACCCGAUGAAGACGUCGCUGAUAUAGUCGCUAGACUGCGGCUGAAAUUGAUAGCAACACAAGAACGCAAGUGGUUCGUCAUAGACCUGCUGGAGCCUACAGAUGAGGAGAUCUCAGUGGCUCACCUCAUCAGAGCACUACCCGGCAGGGUCGCGCAGGCUCUGACCAAGACACGGGCUGGACGCACUAUGAGGCCUGAGGUUCAAACUGUUCUCCUCGGCGACCUCCUCUACAUGAGCGUCCAGCUGGUGUCGGACACGAAGCAGGGCGGAGUCCUAUACGUGGCGACGCCGCCGGGGCAGCCCGUCGCACUCGUCAGCUGCACCACCAGCGGUCUACUCAAAGCGAGCGUUGAAGGUCUGGGCUUCAGAAAGCACGAGGACGCCCAACUGUUCGGCCGCGACGUGAAAUCACUCCUGCGCAUCCACAACCAAAACCACAGCGAGGACGUGAACCACCUCGCUGGCACCCCGGAAUACAACCCGAUACCCGUAGUCACCGCUACCGGCAUAGAUUACACUAACAAAACCUAUGACGAGCAUUAUGUUGACAACUUGCUAGGUCCUAACCCCCCUUUGCUUACAGACCUGAUAAUAUCGUGCAAUAAGCCGUUUUUUGACGCGUCAAGAUUGGAUAAGAAGAUAAACUUAACAGUACAGUUGAGAAGUGAAGAUGUGUCGAAAACCCUCAAAGCGUGGGUCAGUAAGAACGCCAUAGCCCCAACGUCAGAUUUUUUCCAAAUAUUCCAUAAAAUCAAAUCGAAUAAAAUCACUUUUCAAGAUGGCGACGAGAGUAACGAUUAAAUGUUUUUGAUUUGAUUACUAGCGUUUUUACUUUGUCCACGGUUAUCGCAAUGUUCUUCCAUCUCCCUACCCUAUCGCGUAAUCUCGCUCUAGUAAAUGGCGGUUCUAAGUGAGAGAAAAGGAUGGAAACAUAUGAAAGUACUGUGAGUAAGGAUCGACGAUCCACUACUGGUGUCAUGUUGGAAGUUGUAUAUAUGCGUCGCGCCAAGCAAACUUCGUUAGCGCGUUUCAGGCCUGCAUUAUUGAAUGGUGGCGCCAUCUGUUGCAUGUGGGCGGAACUAGUUGGUUGUGUGAGCCACAUGUCAAAAUUGACAGUUUCAUAGCAUGCGGUGUUAGGUCCGUAUGUGGCCACGUCCCAAAAGAUGCUCGUAGAGUAUGCGCUAUUGAUGUAUUAUAGGGUAUUUGACCGGGUCAUGAUAAAUUAUAAAAUGCCAAUCUAGAAGUAGAAGCCAGUCUGACAUGAUCCAAAAUCAAUCUCAUUUUACUUAUAGACUUAUUUUCGAAUUUUAUUUAUGAAUUAAGUAACAAUGAGGCAUUUUAUAACUUUACAAUAUGUGUACUGUUGGUAUACCUAUCUAAAUAAUAAAAAAUAAAAUGAGUACGACGUUUGACCGCUUUUAUUGAUGACGUCACAGGACAGUAUUUUCGUUUUCAGAUUUCGUAAAAAGUAUCUUGAUAUUUGGUUGCCAAGUAGCCAAUUAUGUUACUACGCGCCGCGAAAUAAGUCCCGCGGAUUUUAAUGGAACUAUUUGACAAGUCAUAAACAUUCUUUUUUGUGUAGAAUUGACUUAGGUGUCAUUUUAUACAACACCACAUGUAACAAUUAAUAGAUAUUUAUUUUUUAUCAUAAGGAUAUUCUCCGCACUAACAAUGGUGUGAUAAAAGGUGUUGUAUUGUUAGCGGUGUGACAAACAAGAAUAAAAUUCCUGUUUGUCAU